AUGUGUUGUCCGGCUGCUCUUCCGGGUUCUCGGGCCGUGUUGGUUUUCCCGGUCCGGGGUCGUGUUCUAUUCAAGGGUUGCACCUUUGUUCCUUUCGACAUAUUCGGGUCCGGUCGCAGGCCUACUUGCUUGUAUGGGUGGGCUCGGGCUUCGGUUUGGUUGGGCCGUGUGCCUCGAGCUCGGCUUCGUUUGUUGGCCUCGCCUUGGCGGACUCGAUGUGUCCGCCUCCCCAUGGCCUACCCGCCGCUGGUUCUCAAUCUGAUUGGGCUUCAUCGAGCCAGGUCUACUAUUGUGUUCAGCCCCUUAUUUAUUUAUCUUCUAGUGGAGGUCGGGCCUAGCCUCCCCUCCCGGGCUAUCCAAGCACUUCCUCACAUUCCUGUUUUGUGUUGGCCUACUCAUGGCUUAGGUACUUACCGGUUUAUGCUCUUGGUAGGAUGGAGGGGUCCGGUUGGUAGGAGGUGGGGUUCGGCCCGGGGUAAGUUCGUCGCUUGGGCAUCUAGCGUUUGUGCUCGCCAGGCACCUAUUGGUUCUCGUUUCGGUCCCGCUGCAGGGUCUAGCCUAAAUUUUUGA